AACUGAAAGGUCAAAGUUGACCAAGAUGGCGGCAAGCAUGGACAGCAACGGUGUGAAUGAUGGGCCAAGGAAAGCGAUGGAUUUCGACUGUUGGAAAGGGGACUGGGGGUUACCUUCCGUCGAUGUCAAGUGCCUUAAUGUUUUAACUUAUGCCCAGAUUGCUGGUAUUAAUCUGAAGGUUCACAAGAACAGAUUUUGGUGGCGCAAUCUUACCGCUCAUUUUCCAAUAUUUCAAGCUGCUGAAGAUGUCCUCCGGUCAGACACUGAAGCCAUUCAGUACCUGAAGGAGAAUCAAGCCAACUUGGAUGGCGACUUGACCGACCAACAACGAGCAGACAUCUUGGCAUUUAAGGCACUCAUGGAGGAGAAGUACCUGCCUGGACUUCUUCACGUGUGGUGGGUUGAUGCUAAAAACUUUGUGGAGCUGACGCGGCCGUGGUACGCCAAAGCCUUGCAUUUCCCCUUGAACUACUUCGUUCCUGGUCAGUUGAAACGAGCUGCUGAGAGUCGAGUUGACAUCAUCAGGGGAGGGGAUCAUAUGGAACCACAAGAAGUUACAAGUAGGGUUUACAGUGAUGCUAAAGAAUGUCUGAAUCUACUAUCUGAAAGACUCGGUGAUGAAGACUUCUUCUUUGGCCCCGUACCUACCUCCCUAGAUGCCUUGAUUUUCAGCUAUCUUGCUCCGUUACUACGGGCCCCUCUUCCCAGCAAUCAAUUACAGACACACCUGAAAGCAACGGAUAAUCUCUGCAGGUUCUGCACCCGGAUUCUGCUAAGGUACUUCCCUGAUGAACUUCAAGAUUCUGAGGCAAAUUCUUCCAAGAAACCGACGGACGAUCUCUUUGACGAUCCCCACAAGCGACGCAAUCAGGUUCUGUUUGCAGUGGUAGCGUUGACUGCCAUGGCCAGCUAUGCAUUCCUGAGUGGUCUGGUGCGGGUGCAGAUAAAGGAUUCAGACAGUUCGGGGAUUGAGUUAGACUAUGACGACGGGGAAGAGGGUCAAUAAAGACAGGGGUUUAAAAACAAAAUGAAAUGUUAUUGAGAUAUAGAGCAAAUUGAACUCCAUGCUAACACAGUAGAUGGCACUCAAGAGAGCCCCAUUAGGACUAGGAGGGGCACACUGCUUUCCCGCAUGUGUGUACGUGUUCUACAUAACCCCCGAGGACCGACACACAAAGGGAGAACAACAGAUCCUUUCAGUCCUCAGGAGUUGGGUCUUUUGCUGGAAACGGUCCUCUGUAGUAAGUUUGUGUGCUUAGUCUAUGGGAGAGUGUUAUAUUACAGGGACACAGAGAAACACAAAGCAUUGUCCUCGAGAGUGUAGUAAAACAAGAGAACAUGUACAUGUACAGGUUUCCUUAUGGGGUAGAAAACACAAUACUGAAUAGAACAAUAGACCCCAUAAGGAAGUCUUUAGAAAUCGAUCCACCCCAUAAGGGAAACACUAUGGAGUUUUUUAAUAGGAACAAAGGAAAACAAAAGAAGGGAAACAAAGGUCUUCCCUACAAGUAAAUGUGUGUAAGGCUUUGUGCCCGUGCCUAUUGCACAAAGACACAACUUAUUUUAUUCCGAAUUUUCCCAACCCCCUAGCAUCUUUACCAUCUUGAAGAUGGUAAAUAAGCGCCCUCUCUGGUUGGCGCACAGAACUGAUACAGAGACUACACUGUGGAAGAACUUGCACUGGAUUUAGUGGCU